UCUAAUAACAGCUGUUGAGUUAUUUUCAAAUGCAACAACAAUUGAGUAGCCGAAUUUUAUAACAAAAUUCAAUCAAAACAAUGAACAUUGAUUUACGUAAAUUGUGUCGCAUUUGUUUCGUGGACAACGCAGAUGUUGACAUCACGGACCACAAGGUAGUCACAGCAGGACAGAUAAACGAUACUGAUAUCGAAGAGGAGCACACAAUAUGCGAAAUAAUGCAGGCCAUGUUUCAUGACAUGACCCUAGACUUAACGUCGGAGCUGCCUAUGAUAUGCAAUGCCUGCCUCGAGGAAUGUCUGGUGCAUUACGCCUACUUCAGCAAACUGGCGAUUGCUAAUCGACAGCUGCGUCAACUCUACAACGAGGCACAGCUUGAGUUAAGCGAGCAGCGGGAGCAGCUACUUGAAGAGGAGGAGGAGGCGGAGCUAGAGUAUCAAGAGGAGGAGCAAACACUGGAGGAGGAACUCUCCACGCCACAAAUCCUGGAUGAGCCGCCGCGUCCCUCGCAGCGUUUGGCCAACGAAGAUUCGCUCAUAGUAUCCGAAUUUCUGCCCGCAACUGAACUUGAUGAGCAGGAACAAGCCGAAAUCGAUCAAAGUCAAUGUCAGAGUCGAAUGCGUUUUCCCAGCUUCGAACUACGGACGUUAGACUACGCGGCCGUCGAGCUAAAACACGACAAUCUCGACGAAUACAACGAAACGAAUCGCUGGCUGAACAGCGAACCCAGCGGGAGCAGCCAGGCCAUCUACAAGUGCAAAUACUGUCCUUUGGCUUACGCCUCGCAGCAGUUUCUCAAAACGCAUGUGCGACGAUCGCAUGUCUGCAAAUAUUGCACAACAGCGUUUGCCAAAGUCAAGGAUCUCAAUGCCCACAUCCGGGACAAGCAUGCGAACAGUCAUCAAUGUGUUGUGUGCUUGAACAGCUUCAGCACCAGCAGCAAUCUGCGUGCUCAUCUCAAGCGUAUGCAUGGUGUUCAAUUGCCUGCUCAGGUGGCGCUAUUGGACUAUCGACCAGCUCCCCAACGACGAAUCCCGUUAAAUAAUGAUGAAUAAAAAUUUGCUAAAUUUAA